AUGGCGGGUUUGGACGCUCAAUUGGCCAGGCUAAAGCUGGAUCAGCGAUUGGUUGACGUUACAGAUGACUUUCGGAAUCUCGCGCGCGGUAUGGAGCCCGAGAGUAUUAUAAAAGCACCAUCCUUUGAUCUUUUUGAAGGGACGCACUCUUUGGAAAUCGAUAACAUCAAAUUAGACUCCAGCUUACUGAUACUAAGCGAACAGGAGCUGAGUUUUGACUGUGGCAAAACUUAUGGUGCAGCAGAGGAGGACAAACUGGAGUUUGUCACUGCAGUUGCAGAUCGCCUUUGCAGAUCCAUCGUGCUGUGGCUCAAUGAAUUCCAAACUCUUCCUACAACUUUGCUCAGCUGUCGCUACAUGGAGCAUAUCUUGAGUCAGUACACUGAAGAUCCGGUCAGUGAUCUAAGCACUUGUCAUCUGGAAACUGGACAUGAACUUUUUGAUCAGGUCUUAACUAGCUGCGUGUUCGGAGCCUGUUACUUUGUGAAAUUUGUGCAAACUUUAUUCAAAGCAGGCGUUGUAUUUGAAGAAGAGGACCUCAAUUGCAAUGCAAUGGGCUUAAAUAUGCUCGCUAUGGUAAAGCUUCAGACUGUAAAGUCUCAUUUGCAAAAUAGCAAGCACUUUUUGCAAGCUAAAUACCCAGCAGCAAGCCAGCUAUUACUGAUCGUCGAGCUAUUCACAAAUUUAAUUGAGUUGCACGAGUAUUUACCCUCGAAUCCGGAGCUUAAUGCAGCACCUAACACGCAAGCGCUUAUCGAGUUAGUAAACUGUGCUCAAAAACUAAAGCAGAUCGAGAUGCCACCUCGCAGCAUCCUACAAGGAGCAUUUUCACCUGGAAUUCAGAAGAGACUCUCCAAUCAAUUCCCACCCCGAGAGAUUGUAGAACCCUCGGGGAACGAAUACGACGGAUUCAUUACAAUCGCCAAGGAUUUACAGCUGGUGCUUUCAGUGGACCAAGCUAAAACGGUCAGCGAAAUAGCACAGCUAUCUCGGUUUUUCAACAGAAUCGAACAACGACACGUUGUGGCUCGUGCAUUAUAUCUUUUGUAUUUGAUGAGAGAUGAUCAAACGGUUCUGGAUCAAUAUACCUUCAACGACUUCUCCUUCCUCCACUUGCAAGAGUUCUCACUUUGCGAUACAGCACUCUCAAACGAAUUAGAAUGCGAAUCAGGAAACCCCACGGUGAGAGAGAAAUUUGACGAUUUUUUAGUGGAAAUUUCAAGCGUUCUAUUCGAAUGGUACCAAACAACAGCUCAAAAUCCAUGCCGUUACAGACAAGGCUAUAAUCGCCAGCUUUUACUUUGGGAUUCCUUACAGGCUCAAAUCGAAACAUAUGAACUUGAACUUGAGGGUCAAGGUAUCAGAGAUGAGCUUGACGCAGAUAAUUCAUUUAUGCCGCUGACUACUUGGGUCUUCUAUAUGAAAUUGCGUGCAAUGUCAGAUUUUGUGUUGAAGGGUUUCAAACUAGACGUUUACAAACCCUGGGAGUUUUUUUCGAUGUUCUGGUAUAGCUACUAUCUGGCUCAGCACUUGGAGAAUAAUCUAGCAAGAGUCUCGAGAUUCAUCAGUGAUAGAAUCACAGCAAUCACAAACUUGAAUAAAAAGUUGAAAAAGCUGAAAGCAGGAGAGAAGAAGGAUAAACUACGGGAUUUAUACCGUUCUCGCAUGGCCACGCAAAUGCCCCUUCUUGUAAGGAACAGGGACUUCAUCUCUUACCUAACCCUGGACUGCACGGUUAUCAAGACAUUGUCACUCGCGCAAGUUUUCCAAUUUGCUAUGUUGAAAUCCUUCGGUUUGAUUGACAAUAAGCACCCGGGAAGUGGGAAGUUCAGUUCACCAGAAUUUACACAUAAACUUCGAUUCAAGACAUUUGAGUCUAUUGGCGUUCCCGAACUACCGUCAUAUGAGUUAUUUCAACAAUCAUUAGAGGACUUUGUUAUCACAGAGCCCAUGUUUGGAAGUAAACUGAUGCGGUCUUUCGAUUUUACAGAAAACGAGCUUGAAAAGGUCAAAGAAUCGUUGCAGUCGAUAUUUGAAACCCUUAAAGACAACGAGAGCCAAGCCAGGGCUACAGCCGGCACUCAGUUGGUCCAAGAAGAGUCAUUAGCAUAUUAUCAAGGUCUGUACAGAUCUACUGAAGCGCUUAUAAGUAACGGGCGGGAAUUACGUGCCAAGCUAGGCAACAAAGCAAGCAGAACUUUGAUCGAAAAAUACAAAGUUAGUGUGUCUCGUCCGCAAGGUGGCUGUCCUUAUUUCCCACUGCUGAGCUUGAGCGAGCAAUGA